AUGAUGCUCGGAUUCCAUGUAUUUUUGUGAGAUGUUUUUUUUAAAAGAAUUCAUCUAUAUCUAUCAAAAUAAUUUACAGAUGUCUAUGCGAAGAAAUUUAUGGUUUUAUUUUGAUGCGUCCUACAGUUUUUCUACCUGUAAUUGGUAUUUAUGCAGAUGGGAUACUCUCAAAUGUUUUCCACAUCAAUCCAUUUAUUCAAAUUAUUGCAUUUUUCUUAUUGAUUCAUUUUAAUGCUGGAAUUAUUCUUCAUAUCAGCUUAUUCCGGCUCAAAGUAAUUAUUCCAAUGUCAUAUCGACAUUAUAGUUUGGUGGUCAAAAUUGGAAGAUGGUUUCUAAUCUUCACGUACUUUUUUUGUGUUGCUUCAACUUCAAUUUUCUUUUUACUACUUGAAGAUCAAUUCGAGGCAAAAAUUCAGAUUUCUAAGGCGAGAUAACUUUUUUUUAUUUUUAAAAACGUCAUCUACUUUUAGACUGUCUCCCCACUUCCAACAAUGUUUUGGUCCGAAAAAUAUGUAGUUUCUACUGCGAAAUCUGACAACUUUUACCGAUUUCUCUAUGCUUGCUUAUGUUUUGUUAUAAACAAUAUUGCUGUCUGUUUCAGCGUUGUACUCACAGCAUGUUGUAUACUUUAUCGAACCAAAUCUCACAUAUCAGCAAAAGUUGUCGAAGCUCAGAAAGCAUAUUUGAAAGUUCUCAUAAUUCAGGUGACGAAUUGUUUGAUGUGGACCAAAAUUAACAAAAUUGUUUCAGAUGACAGUAAUCAUUUUAUUUUUAAUUCUUCCUUUCUCAAUUUUUGGAUUUUCCAUGAAAUACAACAUGCAAUCACUACCAACGUUAAUAACUUCUCUUGUACUUGUCAUAUCUCAUGGCUCCUUCUCCACUCUUACUUUGAUUCUUGGCACAAAAUCAUAUCGUCAAGAAGUUACACGAAUAUUUUUAAAAUGCAAAUGUUUUCCUUGCUCCAACCGAUACUUAUUACCGAAUAAUGUUAUUUCGUCAAUCACAUAA